CACACGGUCUCAGUCCAACAGAAUCCAACACCUCUCCCGUCUGCGUCAUGACGUCUAUAGCAGACACUCUCGCCCGCCACAGCGAUCGGGCCGAAGGCAUCGGGACCAACAGGAAUGCCGUCAAAUUCGGCAAGCAGGACUACAGCGCCCUAAAGACCCAGUGCCUGGAGAGAGGGGUUCUGUUUGAGGAUGACCUUUUCCCCGCGAGCCACAGGGCCCUCGGAUACAACCAGCUGGGGCCGUACUCCCCCAAAACCCGGGGCGUGGACUGGAGGAGACCCAAGGAGCUGUGUUCCAAUCCCCAAUUCAUUGAUGGCGGUGCUACAAGAACAGACAUCUGCCAAGGAAUUCUGGGAGACUGCUGGCUCCUGGCCGCCAUCGCCUCUCUCACGCUCAAUGAGCAGAUAUUGGCCCGAGUGGUUCCUCCAGGACAGACCUUCGGCGAGGACUAUGCUGGGAUCUUUCACUUCCAGUUCUGGCAGUAUGGAGAGUGGGUGGAUGUGGUGGUUGACGACAGGCUGCCCACCAGAGACGGGGAGCUGCUGUUCGUCCACUCGACUGAGGGGUCCGAGUUCUGGAGCGCCCUGCUGGAGAAGGCCUACGCCAAGGUGAACGGCAGCUACGAGAAUCUGUCUGGUGGCUCCACCACAGAGGGCUUUGAGGACUUCACUGGCGGGAUCUCAGAAAUGUACACCCUGGACAAAGCUCCCCCACAGCUCUUCAGAAUCAUACAGAAAGCCCUGGGGCUGGGGUCCCUCUUGGGCUGUUCCAUUGACAUCACCAAUGCCCAUGAUUCAGAGGCGGUUACUGUGCAGAAGCUGGUGAAAGGCCACGCCUACUCGCUCACUGGGGCUCAGGAGGUGAGUGCGGCAGCCAAUGAACAAUCAGAGGAGCUGGUGCGAGUCCGGAACCCCUGGGGCAAGGUGGAGUGGACGGGGGCCUGGAGCGACGGGUCGCGGGAAUGGGACGAUGUUCCAGCUGACGAGAAGGACAAACUGCGCCAUACUGCCGAGGACGGCGAGUUCUGGAUGUCCUUUUCGGACUUUAAGAGACAUUUCUCCAAGCUGGAGAUCUGCAACCUGACCCCAGACACACUGACCAGUGAUGAGGUCGGCCACUGGAACAGCUACCAGUUUGACGGAAUGUGGAGAGUGGGCGCCACUGCUGGGGGCUGCAGAAACCAUCCAGCCACCUUCUGCUCCAACCCCCAGUUUGCCAUCAAGCUGGAGGACGUGGACGACGACCCGCUGGUUGAGGGCGGCUGCACCUUCCUGGUGGGACUCAUGCAGAAGGACGGCCGCAAGGAGAAGAGAUUUGGUCACGACCUCAACACCAUAGGAUUCGCCAUCUACAAGGUGCCUGACGAGUACAAGGGCCGCACCAACAUCCAUCUGGGCCCCGACGUGCUGCUGAGGCAGCGUGCGGUGGCCAUGAGCUCGACCUUCAUCAACAUGCGUGAGAUAUGCGACCGCUUCUGCCUGCCUCCUGGGGAGUACGUCAUCAUCCCGUCCACCUUCCAAGCACACAAGAAGGGCAGCUGCCUCCUGCGGGUCUUCUCUGAGAAGCAGGCCUCAGCCAGCAAUAUGGAAGAGGACAUCAAUGCAGACAUAGAAGAGCCUGAAAUUUCAGAGAAAGACGUGGACCCCCAUUUCAAAAACCUGUUCAAGAAGAUUGCUGGAAAUGAUUCUGAAGUGUCUGCUUCUGAACUUGUCAAUGUUUUGAACAGUGUUGUAUCCCAAAGAGCUGAUAUCAAGACUGAUGGCUUUACCCUUGAGACUGGUCGUCACAUUGUCAGUCUUUUAGACAAAGAUAGAAGUGCCAAACUGGGCCUGACUGAGUUCCAUGGGCUCUGGAUGAAGAUCCAGAAGUACCUGGAAAUCUUCAAGGAACAUGACUCAGACAAUUCUGGCACCAUGAGCUCACAUGAGAUGAGAGGAGCUCUUUCCAAAGCAGGUUUUCAGAUGAACAGCGACAUCCUGCAGGUCAUCGUGUGCCGCUACGCUGACGCUGAGUACGCCAUUGACUUUGACAGCUUUGUGAGCUGCCUGAUACGGCUGGAGAUGCUCUUCAAAAUGUUUAAAACCCUGGACAGAGACGACAAUGGAAAGAUCGAGCUGAGUUUGUCGCAGUGGCUGUGUCUGGCAAUCAAUUAAAAGAUGCAGCAGAAGAUUGUUAUUUGCAGUCCAUUGGUUUCAGCUCUCCUGAACAUAACAUAAUCUUGACCAGACAUAACCGUACUCUUGACUGGACAUAACCGCACUCUUAACCGGAUGAUCCGGUGUAGCUACCUUUCUGAACCACAGCUUCAUUCUUGCACUGCUACCAUUUAGCCAAAUACAGUGCUUAUGCAAUAAUCUAAUAAUAUGCAAUAUUCUAAGUACAAUAUAAGAUAAUGUAACAAUAUUCAUUAAAUGAUAUGCAAUCAUGUAAUAUUAUGGCCAUUAAUAAAUCUUAAUAAAAUCA